GGACAAGGCGUGAACUUUCUAUAAUCGUAUGUGUUUAACAUACGGCUUUGACCUACAGGAAUGUGUCAAUACUAAAAAAUGUUGUGUUGUUAUACAAGUGUUUAGACAUGUUGACGAAACGUGUACCAAAAAAAAAAAAAAGAACGUUUCAGAGCGUUUCUCGUCACCCGCUCAUCCGAUAAGAUAAUAGCUGUUGUAGGUAUAGGGUAAUCGUCAAAUAAAUUGUAAGUAUUAUUACAUUUGAACUGUCCCAUUUUAAACGUUAAUUUUCAGUACUCUAGUCGUCAGUUGGACGUCCGCGAUCGACAAUAUGCGAUCGAUUUUUGCCGUUGUUUUUUUGUUCGCACACGCCCGGUGUUACGACCAAAAACCGACCGUGGAUUUCACACGGUUACCAGACGAUACCGAACCGAUAGGUUACGAGCUGUUCGUAGAACCAAACUUUGGCGCAGUAACCCCUUCGUUCGCCGGCAGAGUGAAUAUUUCGAUCUCAGCCAAGACCGCCACGGACGAGAUCACGUUGAAUUCCAGAGACCUGGUAGUGUACGAAAUCGGCUUAACGGAUGAUAACACCAACAGCGAUAUAGGCAUCGAUUCUUGGAAGUAUGCGCACCACCGGGAACAAGUGAAAAUCAAGACCAACAGACGCAUUUUGGAAAAACAAAAAUGCACAAUACGUAUUCGUUAUAGUGGCUAUUUAAAGAACGACGUAUCCGAUGUUUUCCACAGCUCUUACAACUCCUAUUCGGAGGUCAAAGAGCGAUUGGCUGCUAACAUCCAAUUAUAUCCUAUGCACGCAAGAAGUGCUUUUCCAUGUUACGAUGAAGCACAUUUUAAAACACCGUUUAACAUAUCAAUUAAAAUUAAAAGAAACAAAGAAAUAGCUUUUUCAAAUAUGCCAAUUUUGAACACAGCUGACAUAGAUGAGCCCGAUGUAUAUGAACCAACUAAGUACAAUCACUGGACUUUUGUUAACUUUAUUCAAACUCCACCAAUUUCAACAUCUAUGGUUAAAAUUUUUGUCGGUGAACUCGAGCAACUCGACAAAUUCCGUCAAAACUUAACCGACAUAAAUGGCUUAUAUCUGGAUAAAUACAUAACGGAAGGUAAUCCGAACGAAUUAAAAACUAUAAGAAACGACGGAUUUGCCGCUGCUGCUAUAGAUGCAUUAUCAGCGGAAAUAAAUGAAAAUAACUCCACCGUUGCUCCAGAAGCUACAGAUUCGUCUACGACGUCCUAUAGUGCAACGACGGAAAUAACUGAAUCCGCCACUGAUCCAGUAACUACAAAUUCGUCAUCAACAGAACCUGCAACAUCUACAACUCAAAAUUCAACAGAAACAGAGCUUACCUCGACAUCGGGACCUUUUAAGUCGACUACCGACUAUAUUAAAACAACAUAUAAUUAUCCAGAAAUGACAAAAACAAUAGUCUUUAUAACAAAUGAAAAUUCUUCUUUCCAACAGUUUUAUAACCAUCCUUAUUUUUUAUAUAAUUGUAUUUAUAUAAGUGUUUUAAUAAUUUUUGGUCUUACAAUAAGUAUAGUAUUUUUAUUUUUUAAGCCGAGAUUAACAAAUUGAUGUUAAAAUUUAUAACGAUGUAAGAAAUCCUGUUUAAAAUAAUAUUCAAAUGAACAUAAUGUUCAAUGAAUGAAUC